GUGGCAUGUCCUGCCACAGAGUCAGCGUAUAUAUGUAGCUGUCGUUGACUUGAGUCCUCAACACAAGCUCAGGACUUGUCUGAUCACAACCUCUGACUUUGACAAUUUUUUUUCAACCUGAAAUUUGGUUUACAGUUUGCCUGACUGCAGUGAUGAAGGGAAACGUGAUGAUCUUUGCUUCACUGUAUUUACUCCUCUGCUGGAUGAUGCCGGUAGACUCCAUGGCGAUCCGCUUCAACUUCACUUUCCGAGAUUCAAGUCCGAGCAUCCCAUUGAGCAUGGUUGAAGAUGCUGUUGAUGACAUGUACUUUGGCUGCAAUGAAGCAAUGAUGAACAUAGUUCAAGAGAGAUACUUUGAGGUAGAAAAGGCUGCACAUUCCCAGGCUCUUGCCUGGAUAAAUGCAGAACAAUGUGCUAAUAGGAACAUGAAAGAAAACAAGGAUAAGACUUUAACCAAAGAUCACAUGCAUGCAAUCUGCGUUUAUACAUCUGAUGAUAUAUACAGUACGUUCAAUGAUGCAGUCAGAACACAGAGGAGAAAAUAUGGCUCCACAUUCCAAUUCCACUCUUUACAUUUCCUGCUGACAUCUGCCAUCCAGAUCUUAAAUAGCGACAAUUCCUACUGUCACACUACCUACAGACGAACCUGGGCUGAGUUUACUGGCAAUGUCAACCAAAUAUUUAGAUUUGGUUCCUUUUCUUCCAGCUCGUACAGGCCAGACUUGCAAAUAUUUGGCAACGUCACCUGCUUUAAAAUUAAGACCUGUUUAGGUGCUUUUUUGAAAAACUAUUCAAGUAUUUGGAAUGAAGAGGAAGUGCUCAUCCCGCCCUAUGAGAUUUUUAAGAUAACUGAGAAACUGUCUGGUCAAGGUGGUAAAAUUGAAGGUCUUAAAGAUUGUAAGGUCAUCUAUGUAUUAGAGGGUGUAGGGAUGAAGAGCAGUCUGAACUGCAAAAUUCCCCAUGAGUAUCCAGCCCAGUUGUACUACAACUAGUGUAAAAAACAUUUUGCCAUCAUUAAACCUUCUAACUCGCUUGUCGCAACUCAAUUGAUUAGAUGAUCUAACAGAUAACAUUUGCUAACUUACUGCUCACUUUAUGCUUUGGGUUUGUUUGUUCAUUAUGGGCUUACAUUUAAACAUCCCUCUGGCAACGUAAAUCAUUAAUUACUGUGCACAAUUUGUAUGAGUUAUUUUGACAUGUUAUUGAAAUUUGUUGGUGGAAAAUUCCUGCUUUUGCUAAGUGAAUACUAGUCAUUAAACUGCUUAAUGCAAUGUGCUCUAAUUUCCAUGUGCAAUGCUUUAUUAAACUUCAAGUUCAAAACGUAAAAUUAUCAGCUGAGUCUUCAAGUUGCUUAGAGCCGUGUGUGUGUGUG